UUAGAAGGAAAUCGAAAGUGAAGAAGCUGCAGCUGAGUCUCAGACUGAACUCCAGAUUCUGUCUUCAGUUCUUCGCAGCAGCAGCAGGAUGGAGGCUCGGACGGCUCUCGGGAUUUCGCUGGUUUUGGUUCUGCUGCUGGUUUCUGUGGAACGUUCUGAGUGUGUGCGGUGUUUUGCACGUUUCAACCGGAUCCUGGGUCAGUGUGACGAAGAGCUUGGCGAGGUGGAUGAAGACGACUGCUGUCAGAACCCUAACUUCGGUUACCAGGCAACAGAUGGAGUGUGUCGCUCCUGUGGUCCUCCAGUGUGGUCUCCCUGGUCACCGUGGUCACAGUGUAACGUCCUGUGCGGGGGCGGAGUGACACAGAGAAGCAGGACGUGCUUUGGCAUCGGCCAAUCAGAAUGUGAGAACGCUGAAGACAAACUACAGACAAAACCCUGCACCGGCAGCUGCUGCGACGCUAAGGGGUGGGGUUUGUGGCUCUCCUGGUCACCCUGCUCGGUGACCUGUGGAGGAGGCGGAGUCAGAAAGAGAGAGAGAGUCUGCUCCGGUCCUCCUGAGUGUCACUUGGCCUGCAGUGGUCCCUCAGAGGAGACAGAGAAGUGUCCAACACACACCACCUGUCCAGUUCAUGGUGGCUGGUCCAGUUGGUCUGGUUGGUCUCAGUGUUCUGGUUCAUGUAUUGAUGACCAGCGUGGUGAUGUCGUCAUUCCCUCAAGACUGCGAUUUCGUUCCUGCUCUAACCCCGCCCCCUCCAAUGACACGAUGCCACCUGGAAAUGGUUGCCCUGGAGACGACUUCCAGGUCCAGGACUGCAGUGAACUCCCCAACUGUCCAGUGGACGGCAGCUGGGGGGCGUGGUCUUCACCUGGACCAUGCUCCGCCUCCUGUGGGGAGGGGCUUCAGAUGUCAAUCAGGGUGUGUGAUCACCCCGCCCCUAAAUAUGGUGGUCGUUUCUGUGAUGGACCGAGUGCUCGGAGCAGCACCUGUCGGAGUCCCUGUCCUGUCGACGGGUUCUGGACUGGUUGGUCUGCUUGGGGUGAGUGCUCUGCUUCCUGUAUCCCACAAGGCCAAAGUCCCGUCAGAACUCGCCACCGGUCCUGUUCCAACCCCGGCCCUUCGUCCAGCCCGCCUGGCAGAGGUUGCCACGGUGAUGACAGGCAGACAGAAAACUGCGACCACCUGCCUCACUGCCCAGUGGAUGGAGGUUGGGGGUCUUGGUCUCCCUUCUCCUCCUGUCCUGUUACCUGUGGCAUGGGGCUUCAGGUGUCAGUUAGGAGCUGUGACAGACCCGCCGCCAAACACGGUGGCCGGCCAUGUCCCGGAGAGGGCCGUCGAACCAGCAUCUGUAAGACCAACGUCCACUGUCCAGUGGACGGGACGUGGUCAGAAUGGUCGCCGUGGAACCCGUGUAAGUUCCCGUUCGGCGGGCGGGACAUUCGCUGUAAGCAGCUGGGCGGGAGUCAGACUCGAGAGCGCCAGUGUCUCCAUCGAGAUCAUAACGGCACCAUCUGCACAGGGGACGCUCUGACAGAGAGACGAGUCUGCUAUGAUGUCAGCAGCUGUUACCUGAAGGGCAGCUGGGAUGGCUGGGAGUCGUGGAGUUUGUGUAAACCGUCGUGUGGAGGAGGAAAGUCUCAGCGCUUCAGGAGGAGACACUGUCAGCCUGACUACAGUAACUACAGUCCUACCAUCGGUCGCCAGAGGGAGCCGGCAACCUUCUUCGGGACUCCACGAGCCGACUGCGGCUUGCCGCCCGACGGUGGCCAGAAGCUUGAAAUUGAGCAGUGCCUCAACGUUCCCGCCUGCCCCUAACGGCAAGCUGAGACGUCGUCAGCAGACUGAUGGGAGAGAAGAAGAAACGAAGUCUCUGGACUUUUCUGUCAUGUUUGAUGCGUAGUGAAUAGUGGAUCAUUCAGUUAACUGUCGGCAUAGAAACGUCUGAUAGACUCACGUGUUAAUGUGCUGAACUGUGCUGAACUAUUAAAGUUGUGAAUCAUCA